CAUGAUUCGACGUGACGGAUGCCGCCCCGAAGGACCCAUACCAAGUCGCGCACUGGCUGUGACCAGUGCAAGAAGCGACGCGUGAAGUGCGACGAACGAGGUCCACCAUGCUCGAACUGCAUUAGUCGAGAGCUGGCAUGUUCCUACCUGAAGGUGCCUGUCGCACGGGCGGCUCCUGUCGCUGUGCCAUAUCCCAAGAUAACACCCCCGACACUCCCCAUUCCUCAGCCUGCGUCCCGGACGCCACCAUCCAGGUUCGCCAGUCUGCGAGAGCUGGAGCUGAUGCACAAGUUCUCUACCGAGACGUACCAGAGUCUGUGCAAUGAACCCGCAGACCAUCAUGUCUGGCAGAGCGUAAUCCCCCGAACAGCUCUGGAGCAUGACUUUCUCAUGAGCGGGUUACUGGCCGUCGCAUCACUACAUAUCGCAUCCGCACUGGGUCCGGCAGAGGCGCUUUCGUACAUCGAUACCGCGCUGGAGUACCACGACCUGGCAUUCGCGCCGUUUCGGCAUGCGGUCGAUAACCUCACUCCCGCGAACUGUGACGCCGUACUCGCCCACUCGGUCAUUACCACGAUCAUCGGCGUCGCGCUGCCACAGCUGGCAGCCACUCGAGAAGAAAGCAACAAUAUGACCGAGAACAUCAUCAUCGUGUUUGAGUUGCUGCAUGGUGUCAGCAAUAUCUUCACCAUCAGUCGUCCCUGGCUCCAGGCGAAGCUGUUCACCUCUCGACAAGGCCUUGCGGAGACCCCACUUGCUAUACUCGACAGCGAGACCGAGGCUGCCCUGGAUCGACUGACCGCGUUGAAUAAUGAUGUGCUGGCUGUCGCUGAACCGAAGUCUUAUAGCAUCAUCAAGGAAGCAAUUGCUCUGCUGCGCCGUUGCUUCUGCAGGUACAACGAGUCCCGGGAUAUUGCCUCCGUUCUCGCAUGGCUGGCGACUGCGGAUAAGGAGUUUGUGCAUGCGCUGAGGUGUCGGCAGCCUCUGGCGUUGCUUGUUAUUAUGCACUGGGGUGCACUUCUCCAUGAGUUGGACGGGAAGGUGUGGUGGGCGAAGAACUCGGGUACGGCGCUGGUGUCUGAGUUGGUGACGGCCCUUCGUCCUGGGGAUGUGCGGUGGGAGGGGGCUUUGCAGUGGCCGAAACGGAAACUGGGCCUUUGA